UCAAACGCAUAUUUUAGGAACUCAUUCAGUAGGCUACUACUAUGCUGUCUUAACCGGCAGUAGCCCUGUAAGCUUUGUGACCUCGUUUUCCUCCCCCUCGAGAGCGCAGGGACCGGGUGUUGGAUACGCCAUAAAUCCCACCUGCUCCGAUCAUUGUUCGAAGUAUUGAAUUAAAUACGUAGGCUACAGUUUCACAUGGGCGAUAAGUAUUAUUAAUUAUGGACGUGAUAAUCACCCUAUGUCAAUGUAGUCGUUGCUAAGUGUAUUUUAUUUAACAAUUUUAUAAUAAUUUAGCUUUAUCGUUAUUGAACUCUCUCUCAAACAGCGAAAGGUAGUGUUUCCCCGCCUAUGCCCACAGAAAAUAAUGUAUUUUAUUUAUUUAGAGCAUGGCAGCCAUGUCUUGGUAGUCCGCUUCCGUCUGUUGUCAUGGACCAUUAUUGCACUCGCUUGGGACAGGAUCGGCAGAGGAUGUCCCUUGCUUAUAGGUCUCCAAAAAUACCAGCCAAACAGCGCUCUGCAGUCCGCGUGUUACUGUGAUCCUCUUAAACUCAGAACAUUUGUAGUUGGAAAGGAGACAGAGGUAGCCGUGGCAUUGUCUCCUUACCUCAAAAUGACAGGGUCACUAGUGGUUUUGCCACAAUGUAUACUGCCUUAGCUUUCAGAGUGACACACCUCCCUGAAUGUUAGUGAGAGUGUCCAGCUGUGAGAUACUGUGGGAUAGUUGCCUAUAGAAGCUGAACUGGAGAGCAGUUGGAAGUCCUCCUCUGAGGCAGACAUGACUCUGCCAGACUACACAGGGGCAAGAAUAUCAGGCUGCUGGUCUCUCAGACCUGACUGCAGUGGAAGUGGGGAGGACUCGUUGGACCGGCUCCUGCCCCCCAUCACCACCCCCCGCAGGAAGAGCAUGUCCCUGAGUAAGACUGAGCCUCCCCUGCUCCGCACCGGCACACGCACCAUCUACACCGCUGGCAGACCCCCCUGGUAUGAUGAGCACGGCACCCAGUCCAAAGAGGCCUUUGUCAUCGGUCUGUGUGGGGGAAGUGCUUCAGGGAAAACCACAGUGGCCAAUAAGAUCAUCGAGGUUCUGGAUGUGCCCUGGGUGGUUCUUCUCUCCAUGGACUCCUUCUACAAGGUCUUGUCUCCUGAGGAGCAGACAUUGGCAGCCAGUAAUGAUUACAACUUUGACCACCCUGGGGCUUUUGACUUUGAGCUGCUGGUCGCCACACUGCGCAGACUCAAACAGGGAAAGAGUGUCAAGAUCCCAGUGUAUGACUUCACCACACACGGGAGACAGAAAGAUUGGAAAACGGUAUAUGGUGCCAGCGUGAUCAUCUUUGAGGGAAUCAUGUCAUUUGCAGACAAGGAGCUUCUGCAGCUGCUAGACAUGAAGAUCUUCGUUGACACGGACUCAGACAUCCGUCUGGUGCGUCGCCUGCGCAGGGACAUCACCGAGAGGGGGAGGGACAUCGAGGGGGUCAUCAAGCAGUACAACAAGUUUGUGAAGCCAGCCUUCGAGCAGUACAUUGAGCCCACCAUGCGACUGGCUGACAUAGUGGUGCCUAGAGGUGGAGGUAACAUGGUGGCCAUUGAUCUGAUUGUUCAGCAUGUCCACAGUCAGCUGGAGGAGCGUGAGCUCAGUGUACGAGCUGUGUUGGCAUCAGCUCAACAGACCCAGCCCCUCCCCCAGACUCUCAGUGUGUUAGAAAGUACGCCCCAGGUCAAAGGUCUACACACCAUCAUCAGGAACAAGGAAACUAGCCGAGACGAGUUCAUCUUCUACUCAAAGAGACUGAUGCGCCUUCUCAUUGAGCAUGCCUUAACAUUUCUACCCACUCAGUCCUGCAGGGUGCAGACUCCACAAGGCGAGGAGUAUGAGGGGCGCAGCUACAGUGGGAAAGGGAUCACAGGGGUGUCUAUCCUGCGGGCAGGGGAGACCAUGGAGCCUGCCCUGAGAGCUGUGUGUAAGGAUGUCCGGAUCGGGAAGAUUCUUAUCCAGACCAACCUGGACUCAGGAGAACCAGAGCUGCAUUACCUGCGUCUGCCCAAAGACAUCAGUGAGGACCAUGUCAUCCUGAUGGACAGCACCGUGUCUACGGGCGCUGCAGCCAUGAUGGCUGUACGGGUCUUACUGGACCAUGAGGUUCAGGAGAGUAAGAUAGCCCUGGUGUCUCUGCUGAUGGCGGAGCUGGGGGUGCACUCUGUGGCCUACGCCUUUCCCAAGGUCAAGAUCAUCACCACAGCCGUGGACAAGAGUCUAGACAACAUGCUGCAAGUCAUCCCAGGGAUAGGUGACUUUGGAGAUCGCUACUUUGGGACAGAUGGGUCAUCCUGUUGGAGUGAUGAAGAGGACCUGGAGAGAACCUCAUGCUAACACAUUCUAAACCUAACAUGGGAGAGUUUCAAUUCAGGUCGACACAACCAUGCUAUUCCUAAUUCCCCUCAGGUCGUACUCUGCACAUACAAAGAACUACAUACAAAGUCAAUAUUCUGUAUACUGUAUAUAAAGAUAUUUUGUAUUGUAGCGAUUUUAUUAGACAGUAGUUCUCUAUUCAGAUUAGUUUUAUCUGUGUCUGGGAACGACUGAACGGAAUCAGUUGGAUCUCCUCUGAAUGUUCUGAGGAUGAAGUUAAUGUUACUUUAUAGUAUGUACUGAAACUGACUCAAGUGUGAAUUUGAAUACGAAUUAUGUCAUCUCAGCUACAGUAGUGGUUGAAAUUUUUAUAAUAAAUUUGAAAUU